AUGAUUGAUAAAUCGGAAGUGGACGAAUCUGUUGCUCGAACUUUGCUUGCUCGCUUUCAAGAAUUACGCAUUACAUUGAUGAUUUUGCAAAAAACUGGUAUUGGAAAAACGGUCAAUGAACUACGACGAGCUACUACCGAUGAGGAUCUGUCCAAAAUGGCGCAGAGUCUAUUGAAAAAGUGGAAAAAACUCCUUCCUGAACCUUUUGUAGCCACAUCUUCGGUCAAGGACGAUAAAUCAAUAGCAUCGACUAAUAAUAGCAAAAGUCAACCACAGAAAGAGGACUCUAUCAACAAGACUCAGUGUCAUGAAGCGAGCAAUAUGAUUGGACAAAAAACUUCUCAAUCGACCACUUCAGUUCGUAAUGUCUCAUGGCAAACAGCUGAUACAGUAAGACUCAAAUCACGUGAACUACUGGCAAAUGCAUUAUCGGUCACUGGAAUUCCUGAAGGUGCGGGUGAUCCAGUAGAAUUAUCUGAUCGCAUCGAAGAUGCCAUCUUCAAAGAAAUCAAAGAUACUACAGUUAAAUAUGGACGUCGUAUUCGCAGUCGGAUAUUCAAUCUGAGAGAUUUGAAAAAUCCUGAUCUUCGUACUAAAGUACUUCUCGGUAGUAUUACACCGGAACGAUUGGCUGUGAUGACGACCGAUGAAAUGACCAGUGAUACUUUGAAGAAAGAAUGUGCCAAAUUCAAAGAAAUAGCUCAUCGUGAAAGUCUAUUGGCAGUCGACGAAGAUGUAUGUGUUGAUUAUGGAGCAGCCAUCUGGAAACAAAAUACACAUAUACAUAAUCUUCAAAAUUUUAUACAUUCCCGUUCAUUAUUUCGUUGA